AACAGCACACAUGGGAAGGGGUUUUAUUACAUGCUGUCUGCAGUUGUGUGCUGAUUCAUCAGGGUAGUAUGUGAGAAAAGCGGCAAACUUUAAAUCCCACGUCACCUCCGAGGGAGCGACCCGUGACCAGCCGGAGUGCGGGCCAGCGGCGCCCAGCCUGCGGGCAUGCAGUGCGCACGUGCUGGCUGGCGGCUGGCGGCGCAGCUGCGGCCUGCGCUGCUGCGGCACCUCCCGCCGGCGGCGGCCACCUGCGCGCGUCACAAGGCCGACGACAUUUCUCGCCUGUUCGUGCCUGUUCCGAUCGCGCCCGGCUCUGAUGACAUCAGCGCCGUGGGCGCCGAGCUGGUCGGCAAGCUGCGCAAGCCUGAGGUGCUGCGCAUCCUCAACAAGUUCUACCAGCGACCCAAGAUCCGCACCGUGGCCGCCGAGAGCGGACUGGACGCAUACCUGUUCCACCAGGCGUACGUCAGCUUCCGCCGCUACUGCGUGGAGGCGGCGAACCUGCCGCCCGAUCUGCACAUCAUCUUCAGCGACAUCCUUCGGGGCGCCGGCCACACAGACGAUCUGAUCCCGUACUUCCUGCGGCACGCGCGCACCAUCUUCCCGCACCUCGAGUGCAUGGACGACCUGAAGAAGAUCAGUGACCUGCGUGAGCCGGCCAACUGGUACCCGCAGGCGCGGGCCAUCAACCGGCGCAUUGUCUUCCACGCGGGCCCCACCAACAGCGGCAAGACGUUCCACGCCCUGCGGCGCUUCGUCGCCGCCAAGUCGGGCGUCUACUGCGGCCCGCUCAAGCUGUUGGCCGCCGAAGUGUUCGAAAAGUGCAACGACCAGGGCACCCACUGCGACAUGGUGACCGGCGAGGAGCGACGGCUGAUCAGUCCAGACGGCGAGCCCUCCGCGCACGUAGCGUGCACCGUGGAGAUGACCAACGUCAACCACCCGUACGAGGUGGCCGUCAUCGACGAGAUCCAGAUGCUGCGCGACCCCCAGCGUGGCUGGGCUUGGACCCGCGCCCUGCUCGGCGUCGUAGCCGAGGAGGUGCACGUGUGCGGCGAGCCGGCCGCGCUGGAGCUGGUGCAGCGCAUGGCACUGUGCACGGGCGAGGAGCUCGAGGUGCGCCGCUACCGCCGCUUGACGCCGCUCCGGCUGGAGGAGGCGGCGCUCGGCUCGCUUCAGAACGUGCAGCCCGGCGACUGCAUCGUCUGCUUCAACAAGAGCGACAUCUACACCAUCUCUCGUGAGAUCGAGAGCUUGGGCCACGAGUGUGCCGUCAUCUACGGCAGCCUGCCGCCGGGGGCGAAGCUGGCGCAGGCGCGGCGCUUCAAUGACCCGGACGACCCGUGCAAGAUAUUGGUAGCCACAGACGCUAUCGGCAUGGGCCUGAACCUGAGCAUCCGGCGGAUCAUCUUCAACACGCUGAUCAAGCCGACCAUCAACGAGAAGGGCGAGAAGGAGAUGGAUGUCAUCAGCUGCUCGCAGGCGCACCAGAUCGCCGGCCGCGCCGGCCGACACGCCACCAAGUGGGACCAGGGACUCGUGACCACGAUGAAGGAAAAGGAGCUGGGCACGCUGAAGCGGCUGCUGGACGAGCAGCCGGCCGAGCUGUCGGCGGCCUGCAUCCACCCGACGGCCGAGCAGAUCGAACUCUACGGCUACCACCUGCCCAAGGCUACUCUCUCCAACCUGAUGGACAUCUUCGUGAGCCUGUCUACUGUCGACGACUCGCUCUACUUCCUCUGCCAAACGGAUGACUUCAAGUUUCUGGCCGACAUGAUACAGCACGUGCCGUUGCCGCUGCGGGCGCGCUACCUGUUCUGCUGCUCCCCCAUUGAUCGCAAGAUUCCCUUCAUCUGCAACAUGUUCCUCAAGUUCGCCCGCCAGUACAGCAGGAACGAGCCAAUCACCGUGGACUGGCUGUGCGCCAACGUCGGCUGGCCCUUCACCACACCGGCCACCAUACUGGACAUGGUGCACCUGGAGCACGUUUUCGACGUGCUGGAUAUCUACCUGUGGCUCAGCUGUCGGUUCCCGGACCUGUUUCCGGCCGCCGCCGAGGUGCGCGAGAUGCGGAGCGAACUGGACGCCACCAUUCAGGAGGGCGUGGCCAGUAUCGUCCGCCUGCUGGAGAACACGGAGAGCGGCGGCGGCAGCUCGGCCGCCUCCCGGCUCGGCGACGAAGACAGAUACACGGCUAGCCGAAAACAGCAGGCCUACCUUCAGUCCGGCGACUCGUCGGAGAGCUCCGGCCGGCUGGGUCGACUCUCGCAGCGGCUGCUGGCCCAGGGUCUGCUCACGCACAAGAUGAUGGAGGAGCUCCACCAAGAGUGGGAGAAGAGCAAGCAGGACAGUGGGCGGACCCCGACGCACAGCGGGGAGCGCAGGGGGCGGCCAAGGUGACGACCGGGUGACGGGCCGACGCCGUGCGGACCGGCAGCUCCCUGCUGAACUGGGCCAGCCAGGGCGGCUCGCUCCCUUCAGAAGCGAGCUGGUGCUACUGUGCCCUCCCCCGCGCUGGGCAGCGGCCCGAUCCCUUCAGAAGCGAGGUGGUGCUGCUGUGCCCUCCUCCCGCGCGGGGGAGCGGCCCGCUCCCUUCAGAAGCGAGCUGGUGUUGCUGUGUGUACCUUCGCCCAGGGUGACGGCCCGCACCCCUUACAGUUGCAAUGGGUGCUGUGCAUGCCUCCUGACCAGAGCGACCAAGCCGCACCCUUCAGAAACAAGGAGGCGCUGCCAUGCUCGUCUGCUGCCCCGAAGGACGACCCCGUGCGCUUCUGCACUUGCAAUGGGUGCUUUGUGCGCUGGGUCGGCCGGCCGUCGCCCGUAGUCGGCACUAGAGCGUGACACAGCGCCGGUAGCGUAGCCACCCGGUGGCGGCUGGAGGGCGACGUGGUAUCCGCGCCACGAUUGUGUGAACCGAGAUCAUGCGGCAAUAAACAGAGACAAGACACG